AUGUCGAGAACCACAACCCCCGACGGCCUUGACAAUAGAUCAAGUCGAACUCGCCCGCGCGUCUUUCCCUACACCAAAUACCUACCCUACGACACCGAAACACCCGACCAAAGACAGCAAGAUGUGGAUGACAUGAUCAAACACCUAUACAUUGCCGUCAGUUCGGGCGACUUCGUCCCGGGAGCGGUACACUGGACAAAAGAGAUCCGUGGAUGGCUGUCACUCAAGUUCGACCUCAAUCGCCAACAGCGCAUCAGUCUGACCAAGCUCUACUAUGAACUUGCUCUAGCGCCGGGUCUUGAGUACACGGUCGCCGAGCGCUUUGCCAGCAUGUUCAUGGUCUUGACCAAGCGCCGCCACUACCUGAAGCCCAUCGAGGAUCUGGUACUCGACUGGAGGCCGUUGUACCAAGAAAUCAAGGUCUUCGUCUUGCCUAGCGAGUUUGCGACACCUAACACCUUCUCGAGCAAGCGCAGCAUCCGGACACUCACCAAGAUCUGCACCUUUGCCCAACUCUUCUUCGACCCGCAGGAACUCCCCAACAUCCUCGAUGAGCUCCUCCCUUUCUUCUCCAUGUCGCCCUCAGAGAAUGCCUUCGUCGUGACAGGCCUGCUCAACCUCUUCUUUCCAACUCACGCCCCUCCGCCGAACCAACCUAAACUCCAGCCUCAAUACUACCUCCCAACCUUCUUCCACCUCUGGUCAAUAACGAAUCGCUCAACCUUCACCGAUCAGCGCUUCCUCGACAUGUUCUCCAGAUUAUCGCGCGAUUGUCUGACCGUUGAACACGUCCCCUUCAACGAGCAUGGUAUCUACACCGCUGAGCAGACGUCUAUGGUCUUCACCUCUAUCCUACGGUUGCUCGAGAUUCCUGUUGGUCAAGCCUCGUCACCUUACCAUAUCAAUAUCGACCUUGGUGCAGGUUUGUCUGCCCUGCUUGAGCGCGAUCCUCGCAAGCAUCCCGCGUCUAGAAGCAUUGCAAGAUGGAUUAUCAUGUCUCUGUCGCCAGCUUGCCUCGACGUGAAAGAUGGCAGAUCCAUUUUGCAUCAGCUUGAGGGCCUGAUCCAGGGUAUCGAGACUUUCUUCCACCCUUCAAAUACAGGUGCUUGGACAAAGACGCUGUCACAACUCGUCUACUAUCUUGCAGACUUCUUCGUCAUGCGUUGGAACAGAGAGGAGAGCGGUGAAUAUAAGAUGCCUGCUGAGCGUAAGUUGACUCCCGAGCUACGGAGACGUUUUGUCAUGUGUUUGAGAGAGGUCGUCUUCAUGAACAUCUACUCCAAAAGUGGCACCGCUGUCAACUACGCGCUUUCUACUCUGCAAUGCUUGGCCUUCCUUGAGCCCAAUCUGAUUCUUCCUGGCGCUCUGCAAAGAAUUUAUCCUGCCAUGCAAGGACUGGUUGAGGUGCAUAGAACCACUUCGUCUAUUCGUGCUCUUCAAAUGCUGUCCAGAAUCAUCGCUCGUACCAAGGGGUUCAGAUGUCAUUUGACCACUCUGCUUGGCUUAGCUCUUCCGGGUAUCGAUGCAAACGAUCUUGACAAGACCAUGAAUUCACUGUCCUUCGUUCAGGCUGUUUGUUACAACAUCCCACUGCACGACCUCACCAAGAGCGCCAAACUGGAUUCAGAUGGCGAGCCAAUGUCUGGUAGUACUGCUACUGCAGUCGAAUGGAUCACACAGCAAGUCGACCGCUUCGAAGCCGAAGGUUCCCAGAUCGAACUGGACUAUGAGAAUGAGCUUACCGAUGAAGAUGAAGAGAUCAUUCUUCGAUCAUCGACUGCUGGGUUCGCCGAAUUCCUGAUCGCUUUCCUUGGUCGUGUGUUCACUCUGCUUCAGAACCUGCCCGAUGCCUCUCGCGUCAAGAGCGGUUCUCCUGAAGAGAAUGUUGUCAACACUCUACCCGCCGCGUUCGCACCUCUGCUCGCGGCUUUGUCGCCUGAGCUUUACGACAUUGCUCUGCAGCAAAUUGCCAAAUUCGUCACCAACCAUGUCGUGCAUCAAGCUCGUGAUGCUAUGGCGUUCAUUUGCAAUACUCUUGUCAAGGUGUCUCCCAAGAAGGCUUUGAGUCGCCUUUUGCCCGACUUGAUCGCAAGCAUCAGAACAGAGAUUGACGAGAACGGCGCUGGCUCGAGCAGAACGUCUGGUUCUGAGAUUCUUCCUCGCGAUCGCGCUUUGGUUUGGAACAUCAGUUUGUUGAGUAUGUGUGUUGUCCAUGUUGGCUCCGAUGUACUCGCCUUCCAGGACGAACUGUUCGACAUUGCUAGUUACAUGCAGGUCAAGUGUAAGGGCAUUCCUCUUGUCCAUGUCUCGAACUUUGUCCAUCACUUGCUGCUCAACUUGACUGUCACCUACACCACCGACUACUCGUUGUACGACCAGACAGAUCUGAGCAAAGGCCUGCAGCCGAGCGAUUGGGCCAAGUUGCCGGACCCGAAGGAUCUGCAUAUACAAUGGCAUGUGCCCAAGGAAGCCGAGAUCGACUUCGCCGUCAGGAUAUUCGAGUAUCAAGGCAAGCGUUCAAUUGACGCCCUCAACGCAUUGACCAGCAGCGAAGAUUCGCCUGUGAAACGAGAUGGAACAGGCAAAGAUUGGUCAGAUGAGGUCUCUCGUAAUCUUGUUCUCCUGCGCUUGCUCAUCUCGGGUAUCUCCUGCUUCUUCCGCUCGGAUGACGAAUCUGUUACACCGGUCAGUGGUCAUGACACCGAGGUGAACGGCAGCAUUUCGCCCAAGCAGGAAGUUCAACAAAGUCCAAGUGAUUUGGCCGAACCCGACGAUGACAAGAUCCGCAAAACCUUCAUCUAUCCUACUGGCUACCCGCUCAAGACUAGCAGCCCACACUACGAGACAGUGCAUAAGCUACGUCGCCUCACUGGUGAAACUCUGCACCGUGUCCACGAGUUCUUGACGCAACAUCAGCAAGACGAUGUUCUCUGCUUCAACGCACUCUACACAGCCUACCGUUCAUGGUUCAUCGAUAUUGGUAUUGAGCGAUCCGCUCACGUGCUGGACAGAUUGAGUCGUCUUCUCUCGGCAGAUAUUCACCCUUACAAGUUCAGCGGUACGCGCAAGGCCUACCCUCGACCUCUUCUCGCCAGACGUGCCAAUCUGUAUCACUUCCAACGAUUGAGAUACAACGAGUCGCCUCGCGCAGCAUCCGAUCUGGAUAAGGUACUCUUGCUCGAUUUGGCUCAGUCAAGUGUAUCCGUCUACACAGAUAUUCGUCGCACAGCUCAGACCGCGUCUGAGUCGGCUGUCCAGUGUAUCAUCGGAGCCAAGCCUCUCAUCAUCCCUCCCCUUCUGGAUGCUCUCGAGGACGCCGUCAACAAGACCGACUUCCCGCGCAUCAAGGGUGCUGUCUUCUCCCUGCUGUUCGGUAGUCUAGCACGUCCCAUUGAGCGCAACUGGAAGUUUACUCCCAGGCUUAUUAGACUGUUCAUCCGUGUAGGAGAAACCGACAAACCAAGUAUCCAGAAGCUCGUCAGCAACGCCAACUUCCAGGUACACUCCAUGUGCAGAGCCCUAGACCGCAUGGUCAUUUUGGACGAGAAGACCGUGGACAGUGUUUGGCCAGCAGAGAGCCACACUCAACCUUUGGACAAGUCUAAGAUGGUCGCAGCUUCCCUGGAUGAUGCCAAGGCUUUACUUCCCCCAAAGCAAGACCGCAUUCGUCAACGGAGGAUGUUGAUCGAGGGCAAGAAGUCUGAACUGUCUUCCGAGCUGGUUGUCAUGAUUAAGGACUCGCAUUGGCGCAAGGCUCAGCGAGUCGCAGCCCUUGUUAUCGGUCUCGACUACCGCUACGAGACUAUUGCCUCAGAUGGUAUGCUUGACUUGGUUGUGAAGGGUGUGAUUGACUCGCAUCCUUCAUUGCGUGUGCUGUUCGCAAACGCAUUGCUUGCCAUCUGCAGUCUCAUUCAGACGAGAUCAAUGACUGAGCACAAGUAUGAGAACUACCUACUUGACAAGCAGUUCCCACCUGAUCGCAUGGUUGUCGAAACCAAGCCUGAAGAUCCUAACUGGACCAAGCAGUACCUAGAGGCCUUCUCGCACCCUGAAGCUGAAUACUACAUCGACGCUGAGUACCCCGGUUGGUUGGUGUGGGACAAGGUGAUGCGUGUGUCCAAGAACCAUGCUGUCGAUCUCGAUUAUGACGAGGUGGAAAUUGAUACUCGCAAGCGCAUUGGCAAACACAUUGACCGCCAGUGGAUUUCUGUCUUCUUUGACUACAUGAAGCAAGAACCGCGAGAUGCUCAAGAUCGCUUCCGCACCACGAACUGCACAGUCAUGUCCUGGGUCUUGGACCUUGUCAUGGUCGGUCUCACACCAGCAACUUUCGACGAUGUGGUCGACCUCACAAGGGCCACUUUCGGCGACGGAAGUGAUAAGCAUCAGCACCGUGCCACUGCGGAGAUCAUGGGCGCCCUCAUCAAUGCUGCAGAAGACUGUCAGCCUAAGGUCAAGGAGAAGGUCUGGGAGUUCGUUUUCCCUCUUCUCGAACGUGUCUUCCAGGACGGUCUGACUCCAGAGAACUUGUCAUACUGGAGCAGUUUCUUGACUCUUACCGGCUGCGCUAGAGACCCUCGACGAUGCUGGCCACUUGUGGACUACUUCUCCAGCUUCAGACUAGACAUGUCAACUAACGCAGCAUUCAAAGAGAGCUCCAAGAUUACUCUCUUACAGCUUGCCAUCGGCACCUUUGGCUGGCACUUCCAGAAGGAGAAGCCUAUCCUCGAGGACUUUUUGAACCACCUUGAUCACCCCUACAAGGGUGUCCGCGAAAACAUCGGUCAAACAUUGUCGGCGAUUUACCGUAGCCGCUACUACGAAGGUUACAAGAAUGUCGAGGAUCUUAUGGAAGCGCAAAAGGCUGCAUCCUCUAUCGGCACACGGCCUUAUCAAGCGACGGAAGAUUUCCGCGUGACCAUCAAGGACGUCUUUGAACGACUCGAGAAAUGGCGCCAAGAGAGACCACCUGGUGUCCACACCCCGACGCCGUACACACAGGCCAGUAAAACCGUGUUGUACUGGCUAGAGUCGACAGUCAACAACUACGAUUGUACAAGUCUGAUCGAAUUUUUGCCUGAUCCCUUCAUGCAGCAACUUCUUCAUAUGAUGGAUGUCAAGGAAGAUCCUGAGUUGCAAUCUCAUGCGUGGAGCGUGUUCAAGCAGUUCCCCAAUAUCCCUCACAGAAAGGGCGAAGAUGAGGCUCUCGCGAAGAGUCUUGUUGAAAUCGGCAGGACCAGUCAAGCAUGGCACCAACGUCUCCGUACAUUGAUCAACAUUCAGGUGCUCUACUUCCGCUACCUCUUCAUCAUGGAAUCUUCACGUCGUGAGUAUCUGCUCAACAGCGUUAGAGACAUGCUGCAUGAUACACAGCUUGAAGUCCGCCUUGGAGCAGCUCAGACCAUCUCUGGCAUGAUCCGCUGCUCGCCUGUGGAGUUCCGCGACAGAGCGGUUGCAAACUUGAAGGCGCACUUUACAGAGUUACUCCAGAACAACCCUCUGCCCAAGCGCGGUAGAAACGCUGGACCUCCGGGAACACCCACAUCCGAGCAGAACCGUCUUGUCAUUACACGCCAUGCUGCUGUUCUUGGUCUCGGCUCACUGGUCCAGGCCUUCCCCUACGCCAGUCCACCUCCACAGUGGCUGCCCGAAGCUUUGGCCACACUUGCCAUGAAGGCAGCCAACGACCCUGGUGUCGUUGGCAAAGCUGUCAAGACCAUUCUGAGCGAGUUCAGGAAGGUGCGACAGGAUACUUGGCAUGUGGAUCUCAAGGUAUUCCAGCCCGAGCAACUAGAGGAUUUGGAGGGUGUAUUGUGGAAGAGUUACUUUGCAUAG